CAUCUGUUAGACCUCCUCACACACCCGGUUUACCGGCUAAUAGGCGCGCGCUGCAGCUGAAUAUGAAUCGCUCGCUAUAAUAAAUUAGUACCAGUUUGGUGCCGCGGUGCCUCGAGGAAAAAAUAAUCAGGUGCUGAGAUCCGUGCGUCACAGGGACCUCGGAGGCGGUGUGUUUGCUGUGCUGCCUCAGACCGUGAAGGGGUCAUUAAGUGCGCCCACCGAUCACCGAUCAGCGCCUUAAUUGAAUAAAAAAACGCGCCGAUUGCGUGCCAAUCCACCCGGAUGACCUCCGGAGUGACGGAGGGGACAGUGCGGGGGGAGUCAGCACCGGAGGAGAUGCGCAUAUCUGCAGGUGCUCUAGCGCUGUCGUAAAACGGGAGUCGGCGGCGAGGCAGCGAUAAUCAGAGCGAUGCCAGGGGUAACCAAGUACAAUUUAGUGGAUGACGCGCAAGAUUUGAGGAUCCCCAUGCACAACGACGAGGUGUUCAAGCAUGGGGUGUGCUUCGAGGCAAAGUACAUUGGCAGUCUAGAGGUGGGUCGCCCCGGCAGCCGGAUGGAGAUCGUCGCUGCGAUGAGGAGAAUCAGAUAUGAAUUCAAACUGAAGAAUAUAAAGAAAAAGAAGGUCAACAUUGUCGUGUCCACUGAUUAUGUCAAAGUCAUCUUGCGCAAAAAGAGGAAGAGAAAAGGGUGGUCAUGGGAUGAGAAUACAGUCAUGGUGACACAGGAUCCCAUCUACAGGAUCUUCUAUGUCUCACAUGACGCCCAAGACUUGAAGAUCUUCAGUUAUAUCGCCAGAGAAGGACAGAGCAACAUUUUCCGCUGCAAUGUGUUCAAGUCAAAGAGGAAAUCCCAGGCCAUGAGGAUCGUGCGCACCGUGGGUCAGGCGUUCGAUGUGUGUCACCAGCUGACCCAGCAGCAGAAAAGCGAUGACCAGGAUGAUGAGGAGGGCAAGGCGGAGGAGUCUGAGGCGUUGCCAGCAAAGAAGAGGUUUGCAUUGUCGGAGGAGACCGACCUUGAAGCCACUACAGAGGAGAGCAUUGAAUGUGUCUCCUCGUCAGACCUGGAGAAGAGCAAAAAGGACGAGGCCCUCAGUAAUGAUGGGAAGGUAAAGUGCAGAAGUCAAGUCCAUCUACUGCAGGAACAGCUGUCGGUGGAGGUGUGUGCGCGGACUGAAACGCAGGCCAGGGUGCAGAGGCUGCUGCUGCAGAACACCGACCUGCUGCAACACAUCUCCCUGCUGGUCAAACAGAUACAGGAGCUGGAGCUGAAAGCUGCGGGUCACUUAACAUCUAUGGGCUCCCAGGACAGUCUUCUGGAGAUCACUUUCCGCACCAAACCACCCAGCUCUUCUUUAUCGAUGGGCUCUUUUGCAGCUCAAUCCCAGGUCCAGAUUAUUGACAGCCCCUGGUUCUCCUCCCUCCCCGGGCCCUGCUUUCCUGGCACCCUGUGCACCGACACCAGCCCUCUGGGGUUCCCCGGCAGUGGAGUUCGCCUUGAGUGCUUCCGCUUCUCCUCCCGCCAGCCGGACAGCCAGGAGCAGGACCAGGACUCGGGGGAGACCCCCAUUGACGGAGGCCCGGACGGCUACUCGCCGCUGGGGGAACAGGUCCUGGGAGCUCUGGAGCUGCUCCGGUUCAGGGAGUCAGGUAUCGGGUCAGAGUAUGAGUCGAACACAGAUGAGAGUGAUGACCGGGACAGUUUGGGGCAGGGGGAUGCAGUGGGGGGGGCUGACGGUGCUGCUCGACUCUUAAACGUACUGAACGCAGAAAGUCUACCGGACUGCUUAGGGGAUGAGAUGGCGGUGUAGUGGCGCUCUUAUGCCUCAGUGCCACAUUUAUCUCUGUAAAUAUGCAAGUCGCCAGAAAGUAAAACCAUUUUGAAACCUCCGUAAUUCCCAAUGUGUUUGCAAAAUAACUCCUUCAGAACUUUUCUGGUCAGGAAGUUAACGUCAAGAACAAUGAAAAAUGGGAACUUUUGCAACAGUUUUUAGACAGGCCACACACACUGUAUGCCACAUGUUAGCAUCAAAUAUUAACUUCCUGUAGUAUUAGCAAAUGAGUUAACUGGCUAUUUCAUUCAAUUCAGUUGAUUCACUAUGUUGAAAGUCACAUUUUUGAAAAUUGAUAUUGUAUAUUGAACCAUUAACUAAUGCAGAUAGUUUACCACAUUGUAAGUUUUAGUAAUGUUAUUUGCCUAAAUGUAUGAUUAGCAAAGCCUACACUUCUCAAAUAGAUUUGAAAUGAAAGUACAAUAAUUCCCUAUUUAAUGUAUUUGCAGUUAUCAGUCAGUAAUGCUCCAGAUGCUUUUUCUGUUACACCGGACAGGAAAAUUGUGCAGCAGUUGCAGUUCUAUCAAUCUGUACGACACGCAUUUUCCUGUGUUGAACACUAAGGGGUGUUCCCCGUAUACUGUAUCUAAUUACGGACUCAAAACCAAACUGUGUGGGAACAUGGCUGCACAAAGCAGCAUUGCACUUAUCCACCACCCCAAUGGGAAACAGAUGCAAUCAUGUAUUGUGACAUCAGUAAAAUACAUAAUCGACAUAGCACUUACUACUCUUCUGUUCCGGUUUGCUACUUCCUGUGAACUGAGAAAAUGUUCCAUGCCUGAAAGUAUGUUUUGCUCUGUUGCUGCUUUUAAGACCAAAACAUGUAUUUUCAGAUAAGAAUUUGGCACAGUGCAGCCCUUUUCAAAACGUGGACUGUAAAUUAGUAUAAUCUCUGUGGUGUUUCAUGCUCCGCCUUUCCGAAGAUCUCUGCUUUCUGUACGUGUUGCAUACUGUGUGCUGGUCAGUAUGGUUCCUUGAUUCGCUGGGCUUGUUACACUGUGGUUGUGUGUGUGUUUAUGAAGUUGUGACACAUUCGGCACCAAUGUGGUCAUUUUUGCUGUUCACCCAAUGAAGAUUUUUGAGGAAAAGUCUAUCUGGAUAUGCUAACACAUGUUUUGAGACAAUUAAAAACUGUGCUUGUCAUGACACAUCAUCUGUAAAUAUACAUUGAUUUUAUUCAUA